GCGCGGCUCUUCCGCAAGCGCGCCUUCGCGGGCCGCGCAGAGCCGCCGGGCGGCGGCAGGAGCAGGAGGGGCCUCGCCGGGCUGCAGGAUGAACGAGUGGGCGCCCAUCGCAAAGGAGUAUGACCCCCUCAAAGCAGGGAGCAUUGACGGCACAGAUGAGGACCCCCACGACCGUGCUGUGUGGAGGGGGAUGUCGGCACGGUACAUCCCCAACGAAGGCGUCUCCGGGGACCCCCACCUCACCCUGUUUGUAGCCAGGCUCAACCUGCAAACCACGGAGGAUAAACUGAAGGAAGUCUUUUCCCGAUACGGAGAUAUCCGGAAGAUCCGCCUGGUUCGAGACCUGGUCACCGGGUUCUCCAAGGGCUACGCGUUCAUCGAGUACAAAGAGGAGCGUGCCCUCGUGAAAGCCCACCGGGACGCCAACAAACUGAUUAUCGACCAGCGCGAGGUCUUUGUCGACUUUGAGCUGGAGCGGACUCUCAAAGGAUGGAUCCCCCGGAGGCUUGGGGGCGGCUUUGGAGGCAAGAAGGAGUCGGGGCAGCUGCGCUUUGGGGGCAGGGACAGGCCAUUCCGGAAGCCCAUCAAUUUGCCUGCCAUGAAAAGCGAUUUUUACAGAGAAGGAUCUGCAGAAAGAAGAGAGCGGGCCUGGUCCAGGGAGGGUGCGAGGGACUGGAAAAUUAGGAACCGAGAUCGCGAGAGGAGCAGGGAGCAGAGGUGGCCCGAGCGGGGCAGGGGCGAAAGCGAGAGGGACCGCGAGCGGGCAGGCAGGGAGGACCGGGGCGGUGGGCGGGAGGGCAGAGACCGCGAGAGGAAGAGACACAGUCGGGAGGGCUCCAGGAAGCAAAGGGACGGAGAGGGGCCCUGAGGGAAGACUCUCGCCCAGCGCUGUCUGCCCAGAGGACCCUGGCGGGUGAUGGGGGAGCACAGGAGUUCAGCUUCCAGGACCCCGUCACCCCAUGGACGUUGCCCCUCUGCCAGCUUUGGAAACAGGGUGGGUGGUGGGGUUGAAGGGUUCUCAUUUCCCUACUCAGACACACUUCCAUACCGUCUUGUGGAUUUUGUUAGGAUUGUUUAGCUGUUCCGCCGCCUUUAUCUCCGGUAUGCUGCUCUCUCCGAGCUUUUUAAAAGUACAAGAUCAGCGCCACAAAAUGCUCAUAAACUCAGCCACUGCUCGGGUGGAAAACCAUCGGUAAUAUUUAUUUAUUUUAUUUUAUUACAUUUAUAUACCGCCCCCCAGCCGAAGCUCUCUGGGCGGUUGACAACGUUAAUAGAACGUUAAUCAGUGGCUCAGGGAGAGGAAAAGUCUGUUUGACUAGGGCAGCCCUUCCCAGGCUGGUGUGUUAGACUGCAACUCCCAUGCCCACAGCGACUGGGAAUUAUGGAUGUUGUAGUCCAACCCAUCUCAAGAGGCACCCGUUUGGGGAAGCCUGCACAGAUGGGCAGGAAGGACGGGGGUGAAAGACAAGCGUUCCAGGGGAGCAGGAAAAGGCCCUCAGGCCUUAGGUUGCAAAAGGAAGGGAACUCCGAGUGGGCAACAGGCUGAGAAGUGCUCCUGGGGCUUCUCACACACGAUUCGUUGGGGCAAGGAAAGGCCCACAGAAAGGAGGCUGCAGCCUCGAGCGGGAAUGAAAGAAAUUGUUCCUGCUGAAUUAGCCAGAUGUUUGGCUGAGCUCUGUUGUUCCUGAAAACACAGGAGGCUUCUCGUUAAUUCAGAAAUACUUUAUUUAGAGUAUUAAAAAGAUCUACAGUUGACGUAGCCCACGACCCAUUCCCUCCAAACAAACCCUGUUUAUUGCCGUUUUGCCUUAUGGCACCCUGAACUUUUAAUAAAAACACCCAUUCACUCCUUUG